GAGUGGAUCCUGGGGGGCAGCAGGGAGGAGCUUGGGGCUGUCAGGUCUGUUUGAUGCUGGGCUGCAUCACACCAGUCCCUCUGGUCCUGAUGCAUCCGUCAUGAACCUAAUAUCUGCCCUGGAGUCCCGUGGUCCACAGCCACCCCCCUCUGCCUCCUCCCUCCUCUCACAGUUCCGAACCCCUACCUGGCAGACAGCAAUGCAUUCCACUGCCCCGGCUGAGCUUUUCAUCUCUGGUGCCCUCCCUGGCUCUGGAUCUUUCCCCUCCUCCUCAGCCCUGUCAGCCUAUCAGCACCCUGCUUCGUUUUCAGGCCGCUCUUUCCCAGGGGUGGCCUCAUCGCUCUCACUCCAGGACACACCCACCUUCAGCCCCACCUCCAAUGGCCUUCUUUCGCCCCACGAUCCCCUUUUGCACAUCAAAACGCCUUCUCAGUCCAGCCUAGGCUUUGAUCGGCUGCUGUCCUCCCAGAGUGCAGCAGCCUAUAGAGGGUCCCAAGACCCAUCUGGAGGGCCCCCUCCACCGCAGGCUCCCACCUCCUCGUCCGCACGGCACUUACCGCCUCCCCAGUUCAACCUGCUCUCGUCUCAGUUACAGGACCAGUCCUCCCAGUUGUACAACAGCUCAGUUUUCUCAUCCGCCCCAGCUCCACCACAGCCACCACCCAGCCAAGAGAGGGCCAUGCCCAGGCAGGAUAGUGUGAUUAAACACUACCAGCGUCCCUCCCCUGCCCAGUCCCAGCUUCCCUCGUCCGCCCCUCACCCCCUGCAGCAUUACCUCAGCUGUGGAGCGGGAGGGUAUCAGCAGCAGAUGUCCCACCACCGACAUGGAGGGAUGUCCUGUAGCCCCCUGGGGGAUCAGAGUCCGUCCUCAGACCCCAAACCGUCACCGCGGUCGGAUCAGGUGUACCGACCCAUUAUCCAGCCCCCCUACACUUCCUCCAGUACCUCCUCAGCCUCCUCGUCGGCUGGUUCUGGAGGAGCUGUGGGCAAAGGGAGCAAAAGCUCCAGCACUAGCAGUGGCUACUCUUCCUCGGGAUCCUCUUCGUCCCGCACACCCCACACACCCCAUACACCCCACACACCCCACACACCCCACACACCGCCCUCUGCUUCCUCCACUUCCUCCUCCUCAUCCGCGUCCUCUUCAAAUUCCAACCCCAACCCAUCCUCCAGUUCCUCGUCUGCCCCCUCUAGACAACAGCCCCCGCCUCAGUCAGCCCCACCACCUCCUCCUCCACCACCACCCCCUCCACCGGUCUCCUCUACCACACAACAGCAGGCACCUCCCAAGCCCUGCCUCUCUGCCUAUGGCUCUCCUGUUGCCCCAGUCAAACCUUCUGCUGGUUUACCAGGUCAGACACCACCUCAGCAGCAGUCACAGUCUUACUCUCCAAGCCACCCACAAGCCUCCCAUCUCCCCCAGCCAUAUGGGGGUUUCAGCUCUCCCCAGGCUCAGGACCUGAGCUCUAGCACUGUUGGUGCUGGGAAAGGUUAUGGUAGCUUAGGGGCCACCGGGAGAUCCUUCUCAGCUGAGGUGGUGUAUGGUUCAGAAUCCGGAUAUGGUUCUCUGCCCCCCUCACUUGGAGGAGCAGGAAGCCCGUCACUGAGCUUUGGUGGUCCGGGACAUUCCCCCGCACUUCUGGGUAAUUCUGGAGGAGGGGGCGGUGGCUCAAGUGGGGGCAGUGUUGGGAGUGGAGGUGGGGGAAGCUCAUAUCACCUUCCGGAUUCCAGCCCAUCGCCCUCCAAUGGGUCUGGCAUAAUACGUCCAGGGAUGCACUCUCCGGCACCCACACGUCCAGCCCAGUCCCCUGGGGGAGCUGGGAGUAACAAAUAUCUUUCGUCCGUCCUCUCCCCUCCAUUCCUGUCCUCUCCCCAGGGCUACCCAGACACACGAGGUCCCCAACCCCAGCCACCCCAAUCGUAUCACCCCACCCCUCCGAAACCUAAGACUGACACCGACAUUCUGGGGGUAGAGCGACCCCAGGAAGAGGAAGAAGAGGAUGAUGACGACUUUUUAAUUCAGCACUUGUUACAUGCACAGAGCCCCACGCCCCACUCUUCCCAGCACCAUGGCCAGCCGCCCCAGGUUUCUGCACAGCAGCAGCCACAACCACAGCAGGCCCCCCAGUCCAGAGAUGGAGGCAAAAGUCUCUCAGCCUAUGAGUUAAAUAAGGCCUCCGAGGAGCGCUACCACCUUCAAAGUGUGAUCCGCACCAACAGUGCAACUAACAGCACAGCUCCUGGGUCCUCAGGGUCCGGUGUAGCAGGAGGUCUGGAGAGUCAGCUGGAAAUGACACUGAAGAAACAGCAGCAGCAUCAACAGCAGCAGCAUCAACAACAACAGCAUCAACAGCAGCAGCACCAUCACCACCAACAGGUCAAGAGUGACAGAGUUCUGCAAGGAGCAGGGGCUGGCGGGGGCCGGGGAAAUGCUGACUCCCUCCCACACCCUCAUCCCCUCGUGCCUCAUCCUCAUCCACACGACUCCCUGGGCUCUGUGGUCCACUACAGUCGGGGUGACCCUUACUCCCACCUUCCGCACCAGCACAGCCAGCACGCCCACCACUCGCAGCACCCUCAGCAUGCCCAGCACUCCCACCCACACUCGCUCUCACAGACCCACAUGGAGCUGAAGAAGCCCCCUGACCCAACGGAAAUACCCUACCUGCGGAAAACCCCUGACCUGCAGCACCAAUCCCAGUCCAGUCUCUCCCUGAUGGACUCUCCCCCUGACCAAUCUCAGCAGUCUCAGCCGGCCCAUCUUCUACAGUCCGUCCUCUCUCACACUACUCGGAACAAGAUGGAGGCCCAGCAGACCUCCCAGCAGCAACAGCAGCACUCGAUGAGCCAACAGGCCAUGAUGGGACCAAAUGGAGGUUCAGGAGCUGGAAGUGUUGGGGGAGUGGACACUCAGUCUCAGACCUCUCAGCUGCAGCUCCAACUUCAGUCCCAGGCAUUAGAGUCCCACUAUGGCCGUGGAAGUCAACGAGACCAGAGCCAAGCAAGUCAGAACUCGGUUUCAUCUCUGGAUAUGCUGGAGCGUUCCCUCUCCAGGACCAGCAGCCGAGAGGGGGCUGGCACCGACAGAGGUGGUCAUGGAAGCAUGGGAGGAGGAGAUGGGGGGAGUGGUGAUCAUCACAGACAGCAACAGCACAGGAUGCCUCCACAUCACCAGUCCCAUCACCCCCAGCCAACAGCAUCGGACCUGCACGAUUUCCUCUCUGAACCGAACUUGGGCUUAUCAGCUCCUUCCCACAUGCACCACAUGGGCCCCCAUCACCCCCAUCAACAUAGCCACCUGUCUCAACAGACACACCCCCACCACUCAGCCCACCAACACCCCCACCAUAUGCAGCCACCCUCAAGAGCCCCCCAGCCACAGACUCAAGCCCAGUCUAGGGAUCCUGAGCCUCAGCUCUCCCAAAGCCAACUGGACCAGCUCAAGGAGCACCAGUUUAACACCACAAGCCCAGUGGCUAAAACUUCUCAGAGUCAGAACCAGCAGCAACAACCAAGGUUCAUGCCUUUGACGUCCAUAAGCUUCCCAGAUUCUUUGCUCCAAGAUGAGGACAGGUCAUUUUUCCCGGGUAUGGAGGAUAUGUUUUGUUCAGAAGAUUAUAAGUCUAGCUGUGCAGGACCAGGAGGUGGAACAAACGUGCCAGGGGGACAUGAUGGAAUGUCAGAAGGACGUGGCACAGGACAGGAUGGUAUGGAUCCUGUCAAAGCAGGUGUAGAUGGCAGCGGUUAUGAUAUGAUGAGUCACCAUGGAGACCAAGGGUAUGAGCAAUACUGUCAUAGCCUCUCAGAAUCUGGAAAUAGCACCAUGCAUCUAGACCUGGAUUCUUUGAAGACCGAUGAGCUUCCAUCCACUGUCAACACUGAGCAACUGGGUCUGAUUCAGUCCCAGACCUCUGGGAUGGGUUUGGGAGGGACUGGUCCAGGAGAUGGUUCUGGAAACAAGAUGAUGGCUGGCUCUGGAGUUGGAGGAGGCUCUGGAACUGGGGGACUGACAUCUCCAAUCUUCUGCUCCUCUCGGCCCAAGAAGCUACUCAAAACCAGCUCCUUCCAUCUCCUGAAGCAGCGCAGAGACCCCAACUCUCAGCCCCAGGCCAAGAAGAACUACGCCCAGGAGUAUGAGUUUGAGGAUGAUGAGGACAAAGCCAAUGUACCUGCUGACAUCCGUCUGAACAGCCGUCGCCUUCCAGAUCUACUUCCUGACUUGGUGUCUAGCUGCCGAAAGUCCGGUGCUGGCUCCAGCAUGGACCCUCUGAGUCCACUGAUGGGUGACCUGGACUUUUGCCAGUCAUCUGGAUACUCCUCUAUAGGGCCACCUCCUCAGCUCUUGCCACGGGAAGGCCCUAAGAAGCGAGGGAGAAAGCCAACUAAACCCAAACGUGAGGGUCCACCACGGCCAAGGGGGCGGCCUCGUAUCCGUCCUCUCCCAGAGCCUCCAUACUUCAAAGGCAUAAUGGGACCUGCAGCAGGGGGUGAGACCAGAGGAAGGGGGCGUGGACGAGGUAGGGGUCGGGGCAAGAGGGACGGAUCGCUGGGCUCUGCCCCCUCCCUCGGACUGAGUCCUGGAGGUGGGCUGGACAUAAACAGAGGCCAGGAAAAGAUGAAGCACAAAGUCCCAGAGGUGAGGAGUUGUAGAGCCCUAAAGGAGAUGAACAAUAAGACGGAGGACAAAAGCCAAGAGCUGAAGUCUGGCUUCAUGGCGUCCUUCCUGGACUUCUUAAAGACUGGCAAGAAGCAGCCUACUCCUGGCGUCGACCCUGUGGAUCCUGUGUCUGUGAAAGGGGGCAUCCGGCCUCUGUCUCCUUCCCCACCACCUCCUCCCCCGCCUCCCCCGGCUCCCUCGUUUGGGGAGGGCGAAGGGGAGGGGUCCCUGGGUCUGAGCAGCUGCCCGAGCCCUUGCAAGCGACUGGACGAGGAACUGAAGAGGAACCUGGAGACGUUGCCGUCCUUCUCCUCUGACGAGGAGGACUCGGUCAGCAAGAAUCAGGACCUGCAGAAGAGCAUCUCCUCUGCCAUCUCCGCGCUCUACGACACGCCGCACAGCCUGGUGGCAGCACCACCGCCUCGUACGCCCUCCCCACCAACUCCACAUGUGGAGCAGACCCCUUCGCCCAUUAACACGCCACCCCCUAUUCAGGUCGAGCCUGAGCCUGUCACUCAAACACCUGUUCAACCAAUGGAAGAUGAGGAGGACAAGGAAGAAGAGACACCACCAGCACUGGUAGCCAAUGGGCAGAGCCCACAACCUCAACCUCCCACCCCAGAGCAGACUGAGGAGCAACAGCAAACAGAGAUGGUGGAGCCGAGACUGGAAGAGGAGGAGGAGGAGGAGGAGGAGAUGGAGAUGGAGGAGGAGGAGGAGGAGGAGCAGGAGCAGGAGCAGGAGCAAGAGCAGGAGCAGGAUCAAGAGCAAGAGGAAGAGCAGGUGGAGGAGCAAGAACAGGAGAAGACCAGAGAAGAGGAGAGAGUUGAGCAAAGAGAGGCAGAGGAUGAGGAGAUGGAUGAGCCGGAGUAUGAGAUGCUGGGGCGUCCUAGUGUUGAAGAUUCUCCAUCUGCACCACCGCCCGCUCCCGCUGCCUCCCAGCCCUCACCCCCCUCUCUCUCCCCCUCGCCCCCCACAUCCUCCUCUCCCUCCCCACUUCCUCCUCCUCCACUGUCCCUCCCGUCUCCUCUUCCAUUAGAAGAAGAGGAGGAGGAGGAAGAGGAGGAGGUUCCCCAGCCUCAGCAUCCUGAGGAGGAGGAGGAGGAGGAGGAAGAGGAGGAGCAGCAGGCCCCACCUCACAGUCCCUCACCUCCCGUCCUUCCCUGUCAUUCUCCCCUCGCCCCAGCCUCCUCCCCCUCCCCUUCCUCACCCUCCCCUCCCUCCUCGCCGACCGCUGUUAAUGAGGAGGAGCUUAGUCCGGAGCCUAUGACGCCGCCGACCCCUGAGGACGUGUCCAUGCGCAAGAUCACCUCGCUGCACCUGGCCAAGAAGCAGGCCGAUGUGGCCAUCGUGGGCGAGAGUGAGGAAGACGACAGCGAGAGUGGAGGGGAGGGCAUCUUCAGGGAGCGAGACGAGUUCGUGGUGCGUUCGGAGGACAUUCGGACUCUGAAGCUGGCCCUGCAGACAGGCCGAGAGCCUCCCCCCAUCUGGAGGGUGCAGAAGGCCCUGCUACAGAAGUUCGCCCCCGAGAUCAAAGACGGGCAGCGCCAAUUCUGUGCCACCAGUAAUUACCUUGGAUAUUUCGGUGAUGCCAAGAUUCGCUACCAGCGCCUAUAUGUGAAGUUUCUCGAAAAUGUCAAUAAAAAGGAUUAUGUGCGCGUGUGUUCACGGAAACCCUGGCACCGGCCUGGACUCACACUACGACGCCAGUCACUUCCAAAGGUGCCACCUGUUACCCGCAGCCAAACUCCUCCUAGAGUGGAGAGGGAUGAGAGAGAGAAGGAGAGGCAGCGAGAGAGGGAGCAGAGAGAACAGAGGGAGAGAGAGAAGGAGAAAGAGAAGCAGCAAGUGAGGGAGAGGGAGAAGGAGAAACAACAGGAGAGGGAGAGAGAGAAGGAGAAGCAACAAGAGAAGGAGAGAGAGAAAGAAAAAGAGAAACAGCUGGAGAGGGAGAGAGAGAGGGAAAAGGAUAAACAUCAAGAUAAGGGGAGGGAAAGAGAGAGGGAGAAAGAGAAACAGCAGGAGAGAGAGAGGGAGAAGGAGAAACAGAAAGAACGGGAGAGAGAGCAAAAGGAGCUGAAGGAGAAGAAAGAAAGGGAACAAAAAGAAAGGGAGAAAAGGGAGAGAGAACAAAAAGAAAAGGAGAGAAGAGAAAAGGAGCAAAAAGAAAGAGAACAGCGCGAGAAAGAACGGAGAGAGAAAGAGAAGGAGAGGGAGCGGGAACAGAGGGAGAGGAGAGAAAGAGAAAGGGAGAGAGAGAAGGAGAAAGAAAAGGAGAGGGAGCAGAGGGAAAGAGAGAGGAGAGAUAAAGAGAAAGAGAAAGAGAGAGACAGGGAACAACGAGAGAGGGAGCUAAAGGAAAAAGAAAAAGAGAAGGAGAGGGAGCGAGAGAGGAGGGAAAAAGAGAGAGAGAGGGAAAAGGAGAAACAGCAAGAGAGGGAGAAGGUGAAGGAGAAAGAGAAGAAGCCUCAGACAACACCACAGGAUAAGGUGGAGAAGAGGGGAGUGGUGGUGGAAAGAGGGCGAGGCAGGGAGGAGAAGAGAGGAGGAGGAGGAGGAGGAGGAGAGAAGAAGGUGGAGCGGCCCCCAAGGGUGCGGCCAGUGAAGGUGAAGGCAGAGCCUCCGCCCAAGAAGAGGAAGAAGUGGCUGAAGGAGGUGGCGUCAUCCUCCGACUCCGACUCCUCCCCCGAGCCUCACAGUGAAGAUGAAGCUGUAGUGGUCCGCGGGAUGAACAACCGUGCCAUGCGGGAGAUAUUCCGCAGCUACGUGGAGAUGCUGGUCAGCACAGCGCUGGACCCUGAUAUGAUCCAAGCUCUGGAGGACACCAAUGAUGAGCUGUAUCUCCCGCCCAUGCGCAAGAUUGACGGCAUCGUCAACGAGCAGAAGAGGAGACUGCUGAGGAGAGUCAACAUGAGCUCCCAACACCAGGAGGCUCUACACAUGUUCCCCCAGAUGACCGCUGAUCCGCUGGACUCGGGAGCUGUGCGUGUGCACUUGGCCGGUGAGGGCUACAACCGUAAAACCCUCAACCGUGUCAAGAGGAGCUUUCCCAAGCAACAGGACCUGAAGCUGUCCACGGAGGCCUGCAGGACGUACAGCCUCUACCAUUCCCUCCAUCAUUACAAAUAUCACACCUUCCUGCACUGCAAGAAAGAGACGGACAGCAUAGAGCAGGCAGCGGAGGAUCCCGGGCAAGAGGAAGUGGUUCAGCAGUGCAUGGCCAAUCAGGGCUGGCUGGAGACGCUCUUCAACUCCUUUCUGGACCUAUUGACCCUCAGCACCAAAGCCUAAAGGGGUAGAGCUUUGAGAAAGACUGAACCAUUACACAGCCUCGGGGGAGGUCUGGAUUAGCCCAUUCCUCUCCGGUGGGGUCCAAGCUGUCGGAUUUCCUGAAGAGAUUAGAGUUUGACGUGAAAAGAUUUUUUUUGUGAAGUAUUUUUGUUUUGUUUUGUUUUUACAAAUACUGCUGACAUUUUCACCAGUGGAUGAGGCGGUACGGAGAGACAGAAAAGGAGAGGAAUUAGAAAAACAAAAAUAGUGAAUGUGAGGAACACCUGCAGAAAACCAGAGGAAAACCACGGAGGCGUUCUGUGCUUCGGGAGAGCCGGAAUCUGACAGCUGUGUUCUGCGCAAAACAUAUCCUCUUAAAUAUAUAAAUAUGUAUUAUCAACAAUUAUUAUUUGUAUUAUUUAUACUUGGACAUUUUUAUCAAGUAUUCCCUCAAGUCGGGGCAAUUUACUGUUAUUAUUUUAAAUAAUGAUGAUAUUUUAAUGGGGUUCUCAUGAAAUGGCUCACCCAUAAUUCCCUGUUCCUUCUGUGCCCAAGGCUCAGUGAUUAAAAACUACAAUUCUUGGGGCAGGGCAUGCAGAAGGGGGCGUGGCUUAAACAGAGUGUCUGAUGUCAUUUUUUAUGUCUCCAUUCUGAAGAAACGAGGAAGGAGAAAUGUAUUUAAGCUAAAUAAUGUGUUCUUUCUGUUCUUUAAAAGACUAUGAGAGAGGCAAAAAAAAGUGUUACUUGUUUGUUUUCUGAGAGAAACCGCAGUGGUUCUGGGGGAAGCUGUAACAGUUCUUCUAUUUGUUUUGUUUUGUUUUUUUCAAAGUGUACAAAACGUCUGUGUUCAGUGUUUAUGUUUUUUAUCUGUUGGUUGUUAUGAUGCUAAUAUUAAGGAUUAUUAUUUGGAGCUUUAGCUCUCGGUUUGAUCUCUGUGUGUAAAUAUUGUACAGUUGCUCUAUGGAGCCUCCAUCUCCCUGUCCGUAUUCUGUAAAUGGGUCUCUACGUCUUUGAAA